AUGCUGUUGGCGGCGCUGGUGUACUCGGAGGUGCUACUCAUCCUGCAGUACACGCUGCUGGCAAUGUCCCGCUGCAUGUGCGACCCAUCGGCCCCCGCCGGGCCCGAGCCCGGCGGCUGCAUCGCGCUGCUGGCAGGCCCUGUGGCGCGGCAAAGGCUGCGGGUCAUCGGACUGCACCAGUCCGCAGUCCGGGCGCUGCCGCUCUUCCUGGUCUACCUGUCACUCCUGGUCUUCAAUUCGUCACUCGACCAGUACCGCCCGCUCGGCUUCCUGUCUCCGCCGAGGCCCCCGCGGCGCGGCGCGGCCGGAGCGCAGGCCGGGCGGCGGGCGGCGGCGGGGGAGCUCGCGUUGUGGGCAUUUGGCUGGGUCCAAGGGGUCGUGUCCGCAGUCGCCUACGCGUGCCGCGCGGUGUGGGACCACAUCCGCGCCUUCGCCUUCCCCCACGAACGACAUCCCUCCUGGAUCAAGGUGGAGCUCGGGCCGCCGCCCGCGCCGCCGCUAAUCGACGGCCCCGACGAUGCCGCAGAGGGCGGCGCUGCACAGGCCGCGGCGCCGCCGCCACCGCCGCCGCGCGCGUGGUGCACCCCCGAGGGUGCGGCGGCGCUGCAGGCGGCGCUGCAGGGAUCCUUGGACGCCCUCAGGUCCUCGGACGCCGGCCGCGCGUCCGAGGUUGCGCGCGCCCCGGACGAGGGGCUGGUCGCGCAGCCGGGCGGCGCGGGGCCGGAUGCGGCGGCGGGGUUGGCGCCCGGAUUGCCGCCGCAGGCGCAGCAGGGGCAAACCUCGGGGCCGGAAUUGGAAGAGGCAGUCGCGAUGCUGUGGUCAGAAGGCAGCACCGACGGCCUCAGCGAGUCGCCGUUGGGCGCCGGCCCGCCCGGCGCGUCCUCCGUCACGGAUUCCGAGGCCAGCUGGCGCGGGGCCGGCGACGGCCUCGGCGGGCUCCGAGGUUACGGCGGCGGCGCAGAUCUGAGCUCGAUCGGGCGGCUGGUGCUGCGGUUAGAUCGGGCCGCCGCCGCCGCCGCCUCGCGCCCCGCGCCGCUGCGCAGCACCCGGCCCGCCCGCGACGCGGCCGUCGCAGUCGACCGCCUGAUGCAGCGCCGCCGCGCCGCGUCCCACUUUGAGGCGGCCGCGGAGCGCCGCCGCCGCCAGCGGCUCGACGAGGCCCUCCCCUCCGACGGCGCGACGCCGGACGACGCGGCCGCGCCGGGGACGGAAGCCCCUCCCUCGCCGCCCACGCCGCCCGCGCCGCUUGGCCUAGGCCUGGGACCCGCCUCCGACGCGGCGCCAGCCCCUGACGCAACCUCUGCCGCUGCUGCGGGGGCCGCGCCGCUGCCGGCGGCGCCGCCGACUGGCCCAGCGGCGUCCGAGGUUGCGGGUCACGAUCUGGACGUCCGAGGCGUGGAGUUCCACUCGAGGGCUCCGCUGGAUCUGUAUGCGCCGACGGCGUUUGUCGACUUUGCGGCGUUCAUCUACUGCACCCUCUUCUACCAGGCGGUGAUGUCAUCGACCUCCAAGACGCUCGCUGACAUCACGGACGAGCGGCAGCUGCCCAUCAGCUACCUGGCUGCGCUCAUCACCCUCUUCCUCUUCAUGGGCUCCCACCUGGGCAAGUCCCUGCUGCUGCUGACUCAGCAGCUCGUGCUCCUCCCCGCCUGCCUGGAGCCCGCUUGGUCCGGCGACUCGCGGCGCGCGCAGUGGCACCUCCGCAUCUUCCUGCUGCUCAAGGUCACCAGCUGGGCGCUCGGCGCCAGGCAGCUUCGCAGCGGCUUCCCGCCCCGCGCCGACUUUGAGGGCGGCGGCCGUCAGCGGUUCCUGUUCUUCGCAAAGGCUGACACGGCCCACAUGAUCGGGUUCUAUGUGUUCCAGGCAAUCCCUUUUGCCUAUGAGCUGCGCACUCUGCUGGACUGGACCUGCACGAUCACCACCCUCACAUGGUACCAGUGGCUCAAGCUGGAAGACGUGCGGGCGGGGAUCUUUGUGGAGCAGUGCCGCCUCUACUACCAAUUGGGGCGGCAGAUCGGCGACAGGGUGCCGCGAUACGUGAAGCUCCUCCAGGGGGCGCUCCUGUUUUCCGCCCUCCUCCUGUGCAUCUGGCUGCCCCUCCUGCUCUUUUCCUCCAGCGCCCCGACCUACCAGACCCCCGCCGUCGCCGCCGCGGCGGUCAAUGCGUCGAUAGGCGUUUCGAACGCGCGCGGGGAUUAUGCGGGGGUGAUGGAGUUCCCGGUCUUCCAAGGCGGGCAACGGCGGACGGCCGAGAACUGGGUCGGCGCGGCUGGCGGCGGCGGCGUGAUCAUGCCCAAAGCGCUGGCAGCCUAUGCCCCAGAUCAGGUCAAACUGAUCUGCACGUCGCAGGACUCUGACGCGCUGUGGCGCAUCAGCCCGCCCGCGCGGCGCGCCCUGGAGGCCGUCCUGGUCGAGCCCUCCGCAGCCGUCAACCUUGGAUGGUCGAUUACGCGCACGGCGCCGCUGCAGCAACGGGCGCCUCGAUUUCUUGCCAUGGACCGCAAUGCAGUCGCGCUCUAA